GUCAGACAUCCUCCUCUGAGGAGCUGCAGCAAUGAAGGCCCUAGCGCUCAGUCUCCUCUUCCUCCUCAUUGCAGUCAAUGAAGCCAAAGUAUUUACCAAAUGUGAACUGGCUACAGUUCUGAAAAGGGCAGGCAUGGAUGGAUAUUACGGCUACAAAUUGGGCAACUGGAUCUGUAUGUCUUAUCAUGAGAGCAGAUACAACAGCCUAGCUGUGGGGCCACCAAACUCGGAUGGCAGUCGCGACUAUGGGAUUUUCCAGAUAAACAGCCGUUGGUGGUGCAACAAUUACCAGGGUCGCACAGCUAAUGGCUGCAAUAAGCCUUGCAAUGCUUUCACAAAUGAUGACAUCACAGAUGAUAUUGUUUGUGCUAAGAGAAUUGUGCGUGAUCCCAAUAGGAUGAAUGCCUGGGUUGCCUGGAGAAACCACUGCAAAGGAAGAGAUCUGUCAGAAUGGACUCGUGGCUGCCGGCUCUUUACAAUGGUUAAAACAAAUGAAGCAGCAGCAAUGAAGGCUCUAGCGCUCAGUCUCCUCUUCCUCCUCACUGCAGCCAAUGAAGCCAAAGUAUUUACCAGAUGUGAACUGGCUACAGUUCUGAAAAGGGCGGGCAUGGAUGGAUAUCUUGACUACAAAUUGGGCAACUGGAUCUGUAUGUCUUAUCAUGAGAGCAGAUACAACAGCCGAGCUGUGGGGCCACCAAACUCGGAUGGCAGUCGCGACUAUGGGAUUUUCCAGAUAAACAGCAGCUGGUGGUGCAACAAUUACCAGGGCCAUACAGCUAAUGGCUGUGAUAAGCCUUGCAGUGCUUUCAUAAAUGAUGACAUCACAGAUGAUAUUGUUUGUGCUAAGAGAAUUGUGCGUGAUCCCCAAAGGAUGGAUGCCUGGGUUGCCUGGAGGAACUACUGCAAAGGAAGAGAUCUGUCAAAAUGGACUCGUGGCUGCCGGCUCUGAGAUGGAUGAUCCUGCAUUUCCCUUCUGCAUUUCUCUUCCUCCUCCUGUGAGGAAAAUGAUAGUACUUCUUAUACUGUACAACCAAUCUUUCACAAUCCGAUUUGAUGCGUGUAGCCCACAAGUUGGGAAGAGCAAGGUUCUUUGCAUACAAAUGAUGAUUUUAAAUCUCU